GGAAGGGGCAUCUUCACACUGAUGUUUGUGUAGAAGAAUAUUCCAAGACAUCUGCUUGACUGUCAUUAACAUACGCAUAGUUGUCCGAUAAUACGAUUGAAAUUAGUGGCGCCAGAUAUCUGAAAGUAAAUAAAAAAGAGAUUUUACAGUUGCUUUCCCAGUCGAAUUGCUCUAGCAGCCCUAUAUGUUAUUGUCUUACAACAAUUAUAUUCGACUGUCAGUGAUCUUUACUGAUUAACCUGUUUUUGUCAACUAAGAUUGCUCAGCAGUUGAUGAGAAGAGAUCGGGUGGAAUUAAACUGUGUCUUAUUCAACUUCUUAUAUCAUAUAUAUGGUCAAGGGAAAAUUCCAAACUUAUUUUCCAUUUGAAAAGGAUUCUAUGACAUAUAGUUGUCUUCAUUGUCGCGCUCAUCUUGCUCGUCACGAUGACUUGAUAAGUAAAUCAUUUCAAGGGAGCCAGGGACGGGCUUAUUUAUUUAAUCAGGCAGUAAAUGUCCGUUGUGCUGAAGCGAAACAACGUGUCUUAUUGACUGGUUUACAUUUUGUAGCUGAUAUAUUUUGUGCAUGUUGUGAUACAGCACUUGGUUGGAAGUAUGAACGUGCUUUUGAACCAAGUCAACGAUAUAAAGAAGGUAAAGUAAUUAUUGAACUGGUGCAUCUGUUUAAAGAUAAUAGUUGGGAUUCUGAAUGGUUAUAUCCAUUGUAUCCGACUGGUACUACUAAUACUGCUAUUACUUCUAGUAACUUGAAUAACACUACUGUGAAUUCCACCAAACUACAUUCAAUUAGUUCGUUUGAUUAUCGCCGGUAUGAAAGUGGAAAAUUCCAGUCAUCAUUAAGUUCACCACCAAUUCCUGUAUCUAAUUCUUUAUCAUCAACUGACUGUGGUGUAUUCGAAUCAUCGACAACCGAUUUAUUUGAUGUAAAUGAUGAGUCAGAGUUUAUUCAUCAACAACACCAUCAUUCACAUCCUCAACACCAACAUCCUCAUCAUCAUAAGCAUCACUAUCAUUCUAAUUGUUCUUCUGCUUCCUCUUCGUCGUCUUCUGCUCAUACACAUCAAUCAUCCUGUUCAUCUUUAAUGCCUAAUGACUCAGUGUCGUUAUCAUAUCGUCUGAGUUCAUCACUGAAUGCUACUGGUUGGGCUUUCCGUAUUCCACCUGCAACAACAACAACAACAACAUAUAAUGGUAGCCAUAGUACCAGAAACACAUGUUUACUUGAUUUAUCUGAUUCAGGACGUGUUAGUGAUUACUAUCAUAAUUCAACAUCAACAUCAACAACGGAAAAUAUGGGGCAUUUAAAUCUUCUUUGUUCUGUUGAUAAUAACAAAAAUGAUAGCGACGUUGAAAAUAAUGAUAAUAUGCAAUCAGAAAGUUCGAAUAUUAUUAAUAUUGAUAACAAUUAUGAUCAUAUUCAUUUUCAUAGUAAUACAGAUAAUCAUACGAACUCAAUCAACGAUCAAACAAGCAUUCAUCAUCAUACUAGUGACGAUGUUGAUAACAGUGAUGAUAAUGCUCAUACAGAUCAUGAGUAUUUAGUUGACAAUUUUAUCAAGUCAAAAUCACUAACUCCUAUUACUGUUAAACUAUUUCCUGAAGUUCAGAAUAAUUCUGUUAGUAAUAAUAGUAAUAUUACAGGAUAUAGCCGACUGGAAGGGGAAUCAUCUGACAUAUAUUGUGACAAUAUCAAAGAUAAUAAGAGUACUCAUAUACCAAUGGAUGAUUUGUGCCUAAGAAAAUUAUCUCAGUUUUCAACUCCCCAAGCCAGAAGAAUUUCAAAAAUCAAUCCAACAAGCCUACGGGUCACAAUCACUUCCGGUCUAGGUAAACGAGGUCGAAGACGUUCAAGACAUCGAUGUCGUGCUUCUUCUGCGUCACCUUCAAGAGAUUUUCUUAUAACCACUGGUUCUGAAGAUGAAGAAUCAGAUGAAAUGCCGGAAUUAAGUGACUUUAAUCACCAGUCUCAAAGUGUUGUAAAAGUGCAAGAUUAACUAAAUGCUUAAUAUUUUUAGUUCCAUUCUGCCCUUCGUUUCAUCAAAUUCAACUUAAUUAUUUACAUAAAUUAAUCAAAGUGCAAACUACAGCAUCCAUCAUCAUAUUUUAUUGUAAUGCUAUGAGUUUAUUAAUUUCUAAAAAACCAAAAGCUACAUGUCUUUCAACCUUCUUAUACUUAACGAAAAACUAAUUUCAGAUAGUGACAAUGGUCUGAUACUGAUAACAUAUCUAAUUGCAACUUAUUUAUGAAAACUCUCAAAUUGUUCUUAGGUAUUUUUAGCUAUUAAUCCCUUUUCGCUUAUGGAACACUGAUUUUUCACACAUCAUUAUUGUUAUUAUUACUACUACCAUAUACCUAUCCACUCGCGUAAAUAUUUGCAUUUUAACCUUGAAUGUCUAUUUUCUAGGUCAGGACGUCUUGUCCAAUCAGAAUUGUCUUUAUCACCUGACUAACGAUUUCAAAUUCUUGACAAAGGUAUAUAUAU